UAGGAGAGAGAGAUUAGAGGAAGUCGUGCGAGAAAGGGAGAACAAGAAAAUGAUCCCCCACUUGCGACAACGAUAUGAUAGAGGGGGACUUUUAUAAAGAGUAUGUCUACUUGUACGUACAUACAAGUAUGUAAGUUUUCCUUUGACAGUGUAUGAUACAUCGCCAGUGUGAUACAUCUAGAAGACUCUGUUACGGAGUUAAAUAUACGCAGCGGGUUAUCAUUGUGCACCGUCAUUGUCCCGAAGAGAUGACGGAGAAAGGUUCCAAGCUCCCUCAGUUCCUGGCUGCCGCGGCAGCAAGUCUAUCUGCCAUCGCGGCUGGUGCGGCUGCUGGAUGGACUAGUCCGAUCCUCCCUCAAUUGGAAAAGGAUGGUGGACCUUUGGGAUCGCCGAUUAGUAAGGAGCAGAGUUCCUGGAUAGGAUCUCUGAUGCCUCUCGGCGCUCUCAUCGGAAGCUUGGCGGCGGGAUACCUCGGGGAAAGAUGGAGUCCUAAACGAACGCUGCUUUUUUCUACAGUACCAUGUUUAAUUGGAUGGAUACUUGUCGCCACAGCAGGCCACAUUGCUCAGCUUUAUGUAGCUCGAAUUAUGACUGGAUUUGCUGUAGCCAUGAUAUUCACAAGCCUCCCUAUGUAUUGCGGUGAAAUCGCUGAGACUUCUGUCAGGGGAGCAUUGGGCUCAUUUCUCCAGCUCUUCGUCACGAUCGGUUUCCUAUAUAUCUGCGCUAUUGGGCCAUUCGUCAGCUACAUGGUAUUGUGGAUCCUCUCUGCCAUUCUGCCGGUGAUCUUCUUCGUCUGCUUCGUGAUGAUGCCGGAGUCUCCAUAUUUUCUCCUCAAGCAGGGUCACAGGGACAAAGCGAUCGCAUCUCUAGCGAGACUCCGAAGCAAAUCCGAAGCGGCUGUCCAGAAAGAGGCCGACGAGAUACAGGUGACACUUGAUGAGGCUUUCAAGAAUCAAGUCAGUUUCUCGGAUCUAUUCAAAGUGAAAGCUAACUUCAAGGCGCUGACCUACACGUGUGGUCUGGUUACCUUCCAGCAGCUUUCUGGUAUCACAGUCGUAUUGACAUACUUGCACAAUAUCUUCAUCGCUGCCGGAGGUCUCGUCCCAUCGGAGACAGCGCCGAUUGUCAUCGCAGUCGUGCAGAUGUUAGCGUCAGCGGUGACACCCGUAGUUGUCGACACGUCAGGUCGAAAGAUACUCCUCGUUUUCUCCAGCGUCGGAGAAACACUCAGUUUAAGUGCCCUGGGCCUGUAUUUCUAUUUGAAGGAAGUACAGCACGCGGACGACGUGGUGAAGCAGAUAUCCUGGUUGCCGUUGGUCGCGGUGAUAAUCUUUAUUGCCACGUACUGCGUGGGCUGGGGUUCGGUGACAUGGGCAAUGAUGGGCGAAAUGUUUGCCUCAAACGUAAAGGCUAAGGCUUCUAGUAUAACGGUCUUCAUCUGCUGGUCCAUUAGUUUCAUCCUCACCAAGUUCUCCAGCAACCUCGAAGAGGCGUUCAAUGGCAAGUUCGUCACCUUUUGGCUGUUCGGAGGAUUUUGUAUCCUUAGUAUUUUUUUCACUGUAUUGCUGUUGCCCGAAACGAAAGGCAAAACUUUCCAGCAAAUCCAGGACGAACUCGGUGGAGUGACUUCGAUUAUGAACGUUGAGAAUGGGACAAAUAGGAAAGGAUAGAGGAGAGUGAGAUGGAUACCACAAGGAGGAAUCAUGAAAGGAAAGGCGAAACAGGAUGGAGAAGGAAAAGAUGAAUGAUGGAAACAGGGAGAAGAAGGAGAGAAAGGACACGUGACAGAGGAAAUGAAGGAAGGUAUAGAGGGUGGGACGAGCGGGAGGGGGGUAACAGAAUGUAAAGGUCGCCUAUGGCCAGGUCACGGAGAGACGGGGAAAAGAAAUGGAAAGGGUUCGGGAACGCUCCCUGAAAAAGCGCCAUAUUGUGAAAUGGAUAUAGAGAGAGACGCUAUAAGAGGUGAGAGGUUUGGGAACGUUCGUUAAAAACGCUUUGUAAUCCUAAGGGGAAUCAAUAAAGUUAUACUACUACUACUACUA